AUGUCAGACGAAGAAUUCUAUUCAGAAGAAUCAUAUGAAUUUGAGUUUGAAGAUGAAGAUGAAGACGGAGGAGAUUUUGAUAUUGAGAAUAACGACGAUGACAGCAAUCAAACUAGUAACAACAACGAUAAUAAAUCCAACACGAAAUUGGCACUUGAUGAUCAAUAUUAUUCAGCAAAGUCUUAUAAAGAUGAUGAUGCUAAGCAUGCCAUUACUGAAUUUGAAAAAAUUAUUGAAAGUUUAUCCAACGACAAUGACGAUGGCGAAAAGUAUGAAUGGAGGUUUAAAUCUUAUAAGCAAUUGAUGAAAUUAUAUUUUGAUCAACAAACCUUUCAGUUAUUUCUUGAAACUUUGACACAAUUGAUUCAAUUAAUACCAAAAUUCAAUAAUGAUGGUCAUUAUAAAAGUUAUAUUGAGGAAUCAUUUUCGAAAAUGAUUAAUCGAUAUUCCAUUCUGGCAAAUGUAACUUUUGUUACCCAGUUUUAUAACAUAUUAUUGAAUUACCUAGAUAGCGACUCCAAUAGUAGUUGUCGAUUGUGGUUUAAAAUUAACAUAAAUUUACUUAAUCUUUAUCUUGAUCAUCAAGUUUAUAAUGAUAUACCUAAUCUAUUAGAAAAAGUUUAUGACAAGUUGGAUAGUAUUGGCGGCGGCGGCAACAGUGUUGGAACUAAUAAUGGUUGUCUGGAAACGAUGUUGAACUCAUUUAAAUUACAAACCAUUGCUAUUGAGAUUGAUUAUUUAACGAAAACAAAUAAAUUCAAUUCAAAUUUGCCAAGAAUGAACCAAUUAUAUCGAAUGAGUUCUAAAAUUACAACUGUGGUUACCCAUCCUAAAAUAUGUGCCAUCAUUAAUCAAUGUCGUGGUCAAAUACAAUUUUAUCGAGGUAAUUAUCAUCGAGCCAAUAUUGAAUUUUAUAAAAGUUUCCAAAAUUAUGAUGAAGCAGGGUCGACUAUGAAAUAUAAAUUAUUGAAAUAUUAUGCAUUAUGUUCGUUAUUGAUUGAAAGUGAAUUGGAUCCAUUUCAAAGUCAAGAAACCCAAAUUAUUUCUAAAUCAUCGAAUCAAUUCGAUAAAUUGAAAUUGUUCAUCAAAUAUUAUAAUGAUUUAAACUUGGAAAAUUUUGAAAAUUUAGUAUCAUCGUCAUCGUCAUUAUCUAACCGAAAAAUUGAUGAAGAUGAUGUUGAUAAUGAUGACAAUAAUGACGAUAUCUAUAAAGUUGCCAUUCAGGAGAUUUUGUACAACUUGAAAUCAAAAAUAUUACUAAAUUACAUCAAAGCAUACUCUGCAAUUAAAUUUAAAUUUCUUCGUGGCAAGUUAAAAGUUGAUGAAAAUCAAUUACGUUCAAUUCUUUUACAAUUAUCAAUGGCAGGGAAACUAAAAGAUUCUCAAAUUGAUUAUGCAAAUAAAAUCAUUUUCACCCAGACUAAUAGCAGUCACAACAACAAGAGUAGAGCAUGCUUUCCUCAGUUAUCACAAAAAGAUAUAUAUUAUAAUGUAAAGUAUUAUGAAAUUGUAUCGUUUGGACAAUCUGAUACUACUAACGGUAGCAAUACUGGCAACAAUGAUAAUGACUAUAGAACUGAUGAUAACAUGGAUAUUGAUGACAAUAACUCAAGUCGUUGUACUGAGAACACAAAUACUGAUUAUUUUCAAAAGUAUUUUUUUGUUAUUGAUCGGCCACUCAAACUACAAGAUUGGUUUUCUCCAAUUGAAUCGUGGUAUGUGUUUAUGGUUUCAUCUAUUCCUCAUGCAUAUAAACGAGAGAUAAGCCAAAAGGAACAAGUUAUGUAUGAACAAAAACAAGUAGAAAUUGUUAAUCCUAAUGGUAUAACUCCAGCAACAGCCAUGCCAACAUCGACCAUGUCAAGAGCAGAUAUUGAAUUAUCGAAAUUUAAUACUGGGUUAUUGAAUUCAGUCAUUAAUAUAGAUGGCAAUAAUAAUUUUGGUAAUGGUGGUGUUGAUGAUGAACAAAAUGACUAUGAUCAAUCAAUACAACAAUUGAAUAAAGUUGAUUUAUUAAAUGAUUGGUAUACUCAAGCUCGUGAAUACUUUAAUCUGUUGAUUGAAAAUAGUGAUGGCAAUACCGUUAGCAGUAAUAGUAAUAAGAGAAGUGGUAGUAGUAGUAGUAGUAGUAAUGCCAUCAGAAGUAAUCGUAUUGUUGAGAAAGAUAUAACUAUUUCCAUAUAA